AUGUUCCGCGACGCCUGUCCUCUCGUGGUCACCCCGGCCCAGCUUCAAGUCAUGAGAGAUGGAGCCAAGUCUGCGAAGUCUCCUGAGCUCGUAGUCUUGGACGCGUCGUGGCACAUGCCCAACAGCCCUCGCAACGCCGACCAGGACUUUAAACGGAUACACAUUCCGCAGGCACGUUUCCUCAACAUUGAUCGCGUCGCGUCCUUCCAUCCCCUUGGCUUGCCGCAUAUGAUGCCGGACGCCGCGAUGUUCCGAGAAUUUUGUGGUCAAAUGCGGAUCACGCCUUCCACACAUGUCGUACUGUAUGACACGCACGGCGUUUUCUCUUCUCCGAGAGCGUUGUACAUGUUCCGGGCCUUUGGACACACUCGGUCCAGUAUUUUGGACGGCGGUCUCCCGGGCUGGCUCGCUCACGGGCAAGAGUAUGAGCGUGGAGAGCCAGAGAGAAUUGAAGAGUCAAGAUACCCGCUACCGCAACUAGACGAGCAAGCCGUGAAAGAUUACGACCAGAUAGUGGCCAACGUGGAGCGUGAUCCUGCCAAAGACCCCGACGCGUUUUACGUUCUCGACGCGAGGUCAAGUGAACGAUUCCUCGGUACAUCCCCAGAGCCCCGACCCGGCCUCAGUUCGGGGCACAUGCCGCACUCCAUCUCGCUUCCCUUCUCCCACUUCAUCGAGUCGCAUACCAUCCCUGACGACAUCGCGGCCAAGUACACAAAGGAAUUGCCCGCGACGUACACCCGACUGCGUUCCAACCAAAGCCUCCUUUCAGCUCUCGACGAGUCUCUUGGUCCGGAACGCGCCAAGGAAGUCCUGGACGGCAAGCGCCAAGUGGUCGCCAGCUGCGGAAGUGGAAUGACUGCCGGUGUCAUUUGGCUUGGCCUGAAGAUGUUAGGCGUGGAGCAAGUCGGAAUCUACGAUGAGUCAUGGACCGGCUACGCGAUGCGCGUCGGAAGCAAAAUUGAAAAGGUGGAUUUGUUGUAG